UAUGACGAGCAAUGUACCUUUUCCAUGUCACAAGUACAAGUGACUUUCAUCUCAAGGACCCCUGCGAGUAGAGGCAGCCGAACAUAUCGUAUUGCCGACCGCUGCAUCGCGACUCGUUGGGAUAUGGGUCAUUGCAUCUUUGGUGAGCCCUAAUAACGCACUACAUGACUGUUGCGCUUAGUUUCUUCCUUAUGUGAAAUGUCUGUUUCUCUUUAACAAACCAAACAAGUGUAGAGACGCAAAAAUGGUAUUCAAGUUUGCAGACAAGCUGCUUGGGUUUCCACGCCUGCUUCUUGCAGCCAACCCUUCCAGAAGCGAUAUAUCGAUUCUCGUUACCGGCAUUGCCGCCUCUAUCGUUGCUGGUGUGCCUUUUCCCAUUAUCGGAAUCGUCUUCGGCCAGCUGCUCGACAGCUUCAACGCAGUGACUUGCGCCAAUGCGGCUGACGGGGCGGGCUCCGACACAGACGCGCAGGGUCCUAUCAACGACAAGAUUCUUCUGAUUCUUUACCUCGCAAUUGCGCAAUUUGUCGCCAUUUAUGUGCACUUAUUCUGCUGGUCGCUCUACGGAGCAAGACUGGCGCAACGCCUGCGUGAAGCCUACCUCGGCGCCCUGCUGAAGCAAGAGCCCUCAUACUUUGACGGUCUCCCGUCUGGAGAAGUGGCUUCACGCAUGAGCGCUGGUGUACAGACCAUUCGAAGCGGUACUUCCGAAAAAGUUGGAAUUUGUCUGUCGAGCGUGUCUUUCUUCGUCACUGCGUACAUUGUCGCGUUCAUCAAAGACGCAACCCUUGCUGGCACGCUUGUAUCGCUUGUGCCUGCGUACUUCCUCAUGUCCUUUAUUGGCAGUCACUAUAUCGAAAAGUAUGCCGGCGCAGUGAUGGAACAGACGGCGACUGCGGCAUCCAUUGCCUCUGAAGCACUCUCGAAUGUCGCGGUCGUGCAGGCGUUUGGCGCCAAUACCCGCUUAGAAGCCAUCUAUUCGACUGCCCUUCAAGCGGCCCAGAAGAGCGGUAUUCAGAAAGCGUUGGCUAUUGGUAUUCAGUCCGGCUUCUUGUACUUCAUCGCAUACUCGGCCAAUGGCCUCGCAUUCUGGCAGGGUAGCCGACAUAUUGCUGACUCCAUUGGAGGUGAUGGCAAGAGCGGUACUACUGUUGGUGCCACUUUCACUGUGAUUUUCAUUCUUAUUGAAGCCACUCUACUCCUCAGCCAAGUUGCGCCGUUCAUUCACCUCUUCUCUGCUGCCGUUGCAUCAUACGACAACCUUCGGCAGACACUCGAAAGACAUGCGCUGAUCUCGGACGGAUCUGCAGCAACUGAUAAAGGUCAUCGAGAGUGCGGUUUCGAGCUUAAGGGAGUGUCUUUCUGUUACCCUAGCCGUCCUGAUGUGCAGGUGCUCGAAGAUGUCAACAUAUCUAUCCCACCUCUAAAGCAUACUGCCAUUGUCGGCCAGUCUGGAAGCGGUAAAUCUACCAUCACCGGUCUUCUUACACGACUGUAUACGCCAGAAAAGGGUGAAAUCUUUUUUGGCGGAAAGAAUAUCACGGAUUUAGGCCUUGCAGAACUACGCAGCAGCAUCGCUCUCGUUCAACAGGAGCCGUCUUUGCUAGACCGUUCCAUUCUGGAAAACAUUGCUCACGGUUUAGUCAAUUCUCAUCAUGAUCACCACUCGAAGUACAAAGAGACACUCCAUACUGGCCAACUAUCGGAUUUAGCUCAAGAUUUACGCAACGGACAGGUUCUUGACGAAGCGGUGCAAAAGUAUGGCUCUGAUAUUGCGGACAUUGUUCGCCUCGUACAGGAAGCCGCAAAACUAGCCGACGCCGACAACUUCAUCACUGGCCUGCAAUAUGGCUACGGUACUGAUGUUGGUGCGGGUGGUCGACUCCUUAGCGGUGGGCAGCGUCAACGCGUCGCCCUAGCAAGAGCAGUUGUUAAGGACCCGGCAAUCCUCAUCCUUGAUGAGGCUACAGCCGCACUUGAUUCCAAAAGUGAACGUCUCAUUCAAGGCGCUAUAGCUAGCAUUGCGUCGGCCCGAACUGUCUUGACUAUCGCCCAUCGGCUAUCCACGAUCGCUAGUGCGGACAACAUUAUCGUCAUGCACAAAGGCACAGUUCAGGAACAGGGAACACAUACGGAGCUCAUGACCAUGGAUGGUGCGUACGCAAAGCUUGUCAAACUUCAAACAGUUUCCCCCACAGACGACGAGAGUCAUUCUGUGGUUAGUGUUGAUACAGCUGUACCCUCAACCUUGGAGCCUUCUGAAAAGGAGCCCUCCAUCCAUGACAAAACUGAAACCGAAAAGGGUCAUGCUGAAGAGGAAGAUCCCGUAGAUGAACAACAAGAGGAACUUCCAACCUCGUUUUGGGGCGUUAUCAAGGGAUACGGCCCUGUUCUUCGCCCUCAUCUUCUGGUAGUUUUCCUAGCUCUCAUUGCAUCAAUCAUAGUCGGCGGUUCAUUCUCUGGUGAGGCCGUCAUCUUCGGCCAUACCGUCUCUAGCCUGAAUCCUUGCAAGACGCCGGACAGUGUUCGAGCGAGUGGCAACUUUUUUGGUCUCAUGUUCUUCAUUCUCGCAAUCAUCGAAUUCUUUGCCAACAUUGUCAGCUGGGUUGGUUUUGGAUGGGCAUCAGAAAAGAUGGUCUACACGGUACGCGUGCUCUCGUUCCGAUCCCUCUUCCAGCAAAACUUGCAAUGGCACCAGUCCAAAGGCCGAACACCACUCACUCUCUUGUCAUAUAUCACGAGAGACGGCGAUGCCGUAGCUGGACUUAGCGGUUCAGUGAUUGGAACACUCUUCUCCAUUACCAUCAAUCUGUUCGCUGCCAUUAUAUUGACACACAUUAUCGCAUGGAAGAUUGCGCUCGUGUGUCUGGCAGUUGUACCAUUGCUGCUUGGAGCCGGUCUGCUGGAGCUUCGUAUUCUCGGCAAGUUUGAAGAGCGCCAAGAGAAUGCGUUUGCAAAGUCGAUCGAUAUUGGAACUGAAGCCAUUAGCAACAUCAAAACAGUUGCAGCUCUUUCGAUCCAAGAUGAAAUUAUCGCAACAUACCGCCGAUCCCUUGCCGCGCCUCAGCAGGAAGUCUUCCGAGUGACACUUCAGGCUAGUUUCUGCCAGGCAUUGACUUAUUUUUUCGGAAACACGGUCAAUGCACUGGCGUAUUGGUGGGGCUCAAAGCUCAUCAUCGCCGGGGAGUAUACACAGACCCAAUUUCUCAUUGUUGUCUUCUCCCUGUUGGUCAGCGCUCUCCUCUGGAGCCAAAUGUUUGCGCUGGCCCCAGAACUCACCAAUGCAUUUGGAGCCAUGAAGCGCAUUCUUGGAUUGGUAGAAGAGGGAGACGAUAAAAUGCGCGGACACAUUGACAUGGACUCACAAGAUCCAGAAACCAAGAUGGCUGAGGUUUCUAAACCUAACUCAACGGAGGGCACCUCUGUGCGGUUUGUUGAUGUCCACUUCUCCUAUCCAUCUCGCCCAGAUGCAAAGAUUCUCCAUGGGCUUAGCCUCGAAAUCCCUGCUGGUAGUUUCUGUGCCUUUGUCGGGCCUAGCGGUGCCGGUAAAUCCACCAUCAUCUCUCUUAUCGAGCGCUUCUAUACCCCAGAAAAGGGUUCCAUCAUCGUCGGUGGCGCUGACAUAACGGCAUCACGCGACAUCUCCUUCCGGGAUGAGAUUUCACUGGUACCGCAAGAGAGCACUCUAUUUGCAGGAACUGUGGCUUUCAACCUAGGCCUUGGCGGCCGCCCUGGUCAGCAGAUUACCCAAGUAGAUAUCGAAGAAGCUUGCAAAACAGCCAACAUUCACGACGUAAUAAUGGAGCUUCCCGAUGGCUACGAGACUCUGUGCGGUGCAAGUGGAAACCAGUUCUCGGGCGGCCAGAAACAGCGUCUUUCCAUAGCUCGCGCUCUCGUGCGAAAGCCAAAGCUUCUUAUUCUCGAUGAGCCAACCAGCGCUUUAGAUGCUGAAUCAGAAAAGCUUCUGCAGGAUGGCCUUGCCAAGGCGUCUCAAGGUAUCACUGUCAUUGUAAUUGCCCAUCGCCUAAAUACUAUCAGGAAAGCAAGUCGCAUAUUCCAAAUCGAGAAUGGCCGUUGCGUCGACCAAGGAUCCCACGAGGAACUCAUGAGUCGAUCCGUCAGUUACAGAACGAAUUUACUACAUCAAACUAUUGCACAAUAAAUAGUGUGAUGCUGUUGGAUGUACGCUGUGGUAGGGCUGAGCAGCGUGGUGGUGGUUGUUGGCUUAUAGCGCCGUGUAAGUGGGCAGGCUAACCUUGGGAUGUUGUUGAGUUUGGUGAAAUAAUGAGUCGAAAGGAACGUAAAACUGAUCUGAUUAGAUACCAUGAAAAGUAUAUUUUGAAUUUCAAGAUAGAGUAUUAAUAAAAGCUUAAUUAGCAAAAACUCAAUAUAUGCCCCAAAAAAACUAAGAG